UUGUGUAUACAUAUAAGUUCCAGUUUGUACUUCAACAAAAUGCCAAGAAAAGGUCAAAGGUCGCAGUCCCAGAAGCUUAGAUGGCAAAAGCAGCGAGAACAGGUAAAUGUUUCUGAGAUCGGUGAGCAGGUAAAGGUGUCUGUUACAAGUAUUCCCAGUCCAGAAGUGCAGAGCAGUGCUCAGACAGCCGCAGUGUCUUAUGCAGAUGUGGUAAAGAGAGGUGUUCCCUCAGCAUGUGUGUCAGAUGCUAAAGUACAGCAGGUAAUCCAGACUGAACCCCAGGUAACUGUGCAAACGCAGCAUGAUGGAGAAGCUCCAGGACCGUCUCAUGUACAGGUUACAAACAGUGAAAGUCGUCCACGAGUGAGUAGCAUCUGUGCGUCCCGAAGCCAGGCCUCUCCUAAGUAUGGAAAGUACAGGAAUCAGCAAUGCAUGGCGAACAGUUUGGUUUUCCUGUCAUUCUUACACGAGGAUGAAUUCAUUACAAGAGCAGAUCUUAACAGUGUGUUGGACAAAGGCCAUGCCAUGCAUUCAGAUGCCAGAAAGAGGUUUGUGAACAGUGUGUUUCUAGCCUGCGAUGAGCUUCCCACAGUGGUCAGCAGCCGCAGACACAAGUAUCAAGUGGAUAUGUCUCAGUUUGCUCAUUACGGCACAUUUGAUGGUACAGCUCACCUUCCGAGCCUUGAACAGGGACUACAGUGUUUGGCUUCAGCGGUUCGCUAUGCUUUGCUAGUCAUGGGAGGAAACGUCAUUGCAGUUUGCAGGCUGACUUCAGGACUUGGAUGAGAAAAAGAUUUACGCCAAUCCCGAGGUAACUGCAGCGCUCCA